CAAUGACCUUGAAUACAGAUUCUUGUGUCUUAAAUGUCUGAAUACAAUCCCAAAUAAUUUCAAAAUCAAACUUUUAAUUUAAAUAAUAAUCUAUUUUAACACAAAAAAUGUUUUUAAUUUGUUUAAUGAAUGUUUAAUUUGUUGCUAUUUUUCAAUGAGAGCCAAAUGAUGGAGAGUAUAGUCGUGGUGGCCAUCGGUGUCUUGUGUCUGGUGUUUGUGGGAUCGUUGGCGGCGUUGAUAAUGAUAUGCCAUCACCGGUAUUGUCGCAAAGACUUCUUCGCCAAACACUUUAUCGACUCGCGUCCGGACGUCGGUCUCAUCGGUGGUCACAAUGGAUACGAAAACGGACACAACUCUAUCAACAACAUGGAGUUGGAUGACGUCCGACUGCAUCCCGAUAUCGACAAGAUAUUGGCCGACACUCAAUGGGUAGACGACGCCACUGGACUCAUACCUCACUGUUUGGCAAUACUUAAGAGUUGUCAUCACUUGACCGAAAGACUAGUGGCGGCGACAAUGAGCGCAAUGACCAGAUAUCAAGAGGAGGAACAGCAGCACAAGUUGUGGGAAAUUAUAAAAGUCGCCCAAAGGAUUAGUCCGCGAGUGGACGAUGUGGUCCAGUCUAUGUACCCUCCAUUAGACCCCCGGCUGUUAGAAUCGCGGUGCCUAUCGCUCGUGUUAUCGGUGUCACAGCUCGCGAUUGUCAUUAGAUAUCUUUGUCACGUGAAGAGCCAAUGGAUUCAAGAGGCGCUCCAAGAAUUGGACGUACAGUUAAAGGUCCUCAGAGACGCCGGACAAACACUUCUGGAUACAUACCAGACGAGCGGUGCAUCUAAUGCUAACUCAGACGAAGAAAAAGAUAUUGAAAAUAUCGGAUCAAUUGCUAAUAGAGUUGAUAUAAAUCGAUAAAUUCAUCCGUAAUA